GUAGUGGAGACUGAAGGCAUUCCGGAGGGGUGCGUGCUGUCGGUGCGAGCCGGCGCCACCCGCAGACAGGCCCCAGUUUCUUCAGACCGGCCUUUCCGCUUCAACUGCACCGCUGCAGAAGCAACGCCUUUCAAGGUGGACGUCCUCGAGCCCGUGGCGACGGCCCGACUGAUUUUGCGACCAGGUGAGGAGAAGCGCACUGACUGCCAGUAUACCAUUCCAUUGGAAGCCUCGAACUCUUUCGAGGGUUCCGCGCCGUCCCCGCCCGCCUCGCCGCCACAGGGCAGUGGGGACAUGUUCGUGACCAUCGCAGUCAGCCCAUCCGACGAAGCCCAGGAGGAGCAGCAGCAGGACACCUCCGACAAAGGGAACACGUCCGCGGCUUCACGAAUCGGUCAGGCCAGUGCCGCUCGCGAGUACUUGGACAAGCACAACCUCGUCGAGUUUACGCAGCUUCUGGUGCAGAGCGUGAUCAAGGAGCAGCCAGAGAAACCCUAUGAGUUCAUGGCGCGGCAGCUUCUCUGGCUGAAGCCCCCGGGGUUUUUGAAGUUUUUGGUUUACCGUUCGGGGGCAGUGACAACGUAG